AUGACCCCAGAGGUCGCCGAGAAAGAGGAAGAGUUAACCCGGAAGGGUACCUACAAUCUUACACCCUUCGAGACUCUGUGGCAGGCUCGGCAGGCUCAUCUUCUUCAGCGCGGAUACUUGCUACGUCCACGCUAUUCAAAGGACUGGAAACCGUCAUGGGUUGGUACAAACAUCCAGCCAUACUACUGCGAAGACUCCAUCGUGUCGCGGAAACUGUAUGUCAUGGACGCAAAGUCCUCGGAUGAAACCCCCGUUGCAAUCAAGAUCGUCCAGAAUAAAAGCCAGGAAGCGCAAAUCGCCCAGUUCCUGUCCUCUAUCGAACAUCCAGAAAAUCACUGCGUGUCCAUCCUGGAAGUAUUCCCGGACCCUAUUGAUCCUUCUUGGUCUCUCAUGAUCAUGCCCUAUUUGAGACCAUUCAAUGAUCCCGAGUUCGAACUGGUCGGCGAAGUUGUUGAAUUUGUUAGUCAAAUGCUAGAGGGCCUCGCCUUUCUUCAUUCAAACUCUGUAGCUCAUCGGGACAUAGCCGCGGUGAAUACUAUGAUGGACGGCAAACCAUUAUACCCCCAGGGUCACCAUCCUGUUCGAAGGAACCGCUCGCCAGACCUUCUCGAGAAGCUUACACCACUUCGUCGUAUCGACCACGACGUCAAAUAUUUUUAUGUCGACUUCGGCCUCUCGGUAAGAUUCCCGCCAGGGGCGUCUUCGCAGGUCCUGGGGAAUGUGGGUCGCGACGCCGAAGUGCCAGAGCUAUCGUGGACCGUUCCAUACGACGCUUACAAGGCUGACGUCUACGCGCUGGGGAAUCUAUUUUACAAGGAGUUUCAGCUGAAAUACCAUCACACGGACUUCCUAAAACCCCUAGUGGAUUGCAUGAAGCAAAAGCAGCCAGAACUCAGGCCCCCUGCGUUCGAGCUCAUCAACAUGUUCCGGCAACUCCGCAAGCUCGAAAACCCCUCCAAGGGUCGCUGGCGCCUGAGCCCGAGGUCCGAGUCAGCUCCCGAACGCAUGAUCAACGACACGAUCGCCGCUGCGCGAGACGGGUUGAGCAACCUCAAACGAUUCGUUGGGUGA